ACAAAUAAAUGAAUUAUAGUCUCUUAAAAAAAGGUUAAAUGAGAUCAAAACAUCAGACUGAGUUUCUUUUAGCGUAUUUCCAGCUUUCCAAGCUCAGACAUUUUCAAGUUUUUUUCUAGAAAUUUUCUGACAAUAAUCUCAGUUUUUUUGGUGAAGUUUUACUCCUUUUAAGAUGAAGAUGAUGAUGGUGAUGAUUAUUAUUAUUAUUUAUCUACAAUGGCUGUAUUUUUAUAAUUGAUACAUUUCAAAGUCAUGAAAUUACCGUUAUAAAUCACAUCAACCCACAGCGUCACCGCUCCCGGCCGUGCGCAUGCGCAGUCCAGUGCCAGGAGCUGUCCGCGGCAGUCGGUGCUCGAGCGUUUUACCCGCAGCAGCUUCACCGGACACGUCGCUACAGGAGACAUGGAGGAAGAGCUAAAAUGCCCUGUUUGUGGUUCCUUCUUCAGGGACCCCAUCCUGCUGCCUUGCUCCCACAAUGUCUGCCUGCUGUGCGCCCGGAACAUCACCGUCCAGACGCCGGAUGGGGAGACUUCGGUCCAGAGUCGAGCCUCCGGUAGCUCCGACUACGACUACCUGGACAUGGACAAGAUGAGUCUGUACAGCGAGACGGACAGCGGCUAUGGCUCCUACACCCCCUGCCAGUUGAAGUCUCCGAACGGCGUUCGGGUAUUUCCGCCGGUCGCCCCGCAUCGGAACUGCUCUCUCACCUGUCCGCUGUGUCACCGGAGCGUGUCCCUGGAUGAGCGGGGGCACCGGGGCUUUCCUCGGAACCGGCUUCUGGAGGCCAUUGUGGUGCGGUUCCAGCAGACCCGCGGCAUCCCGUGUUCGGCAUCCCCCUCCGCGGUGAAGUGUCAGCUGUGCGACCGCAACCCGGUGGUCGCCACGGUGAUGUGCGAGCAGUGCGACGUCUAUUACUGUAACGCCUGCCAGCAGCGGUGCCACCCGUCCCGCGGUCCCCUGGCCAAGCACCGCCUGGUGCCGCCGCCGUCGCCGAGUCAAGCAGCUGGAGGAGCGGCGAGCGGCGGCGGCGGCGGUGCUGGGAGUCAGCAGCCGGUGCUGACCGCGCGGAAAACGGGGACCUGCGUGGAUCAUGAGGCGGAAAACUUCAGCAUGUAUUGCUGCAGCUGCAAGGCUCCGGUGUGCACGAAGUGUUUGGAGGAGGGGAAACACGCCAAGCACGACGUCAAACCGCUGGCUGUGAUGUGGAAGCAACACAAGUGCCAGCUCUCCCAGGCUCUGAACGGCGUCUCUGAUAAAGCAAAAGAGGCAAAAGAGUUCCUGGUUCAGCUGAAGAACAUGCUGCAGCAGAUACAGGAGAACGGAGUGGAGUUUGAAGCCUGCCUCGUGGCUCAGUGUGACUCUCUGAUCGAGGCGCUGACGAGACAGAAAGCCAAGCUGCUCACCAAAGUCACCAAGGAGAAGGAGUACAAGCUGAAGGUGGUGCGAGACCAGAUCACCCACUGCACCAUGAAGCUGAGGCAGACCACCGGCAUGAUGGAGUACUGCCUGGAGGUCCUGAAGGAGAACGACCCCAGUGGCUUCCUGCAGAUCUCGGACGCCCUGAUCAAGCGGGUGACGUCGUCCCAGGACCAGUGGGUCAAAGGGGCCCUGGAGCCAAAGGUCGGCCCCGAGUUUGACCUCAGCCUGAACACCGACUCGCUGAUGCAGACCAUCCUGCAGCUGGACUUCUGCCAGGGCAAAGAUGUGCAGGAGAAACCGCUUUUGAAACUAAUGCAGGCAGCAGCAGACAGUGGUGAGGCUGAGAUGGAGGCAGAGAGCCCCGGAGUGGAUUUAGGACCCGCUGUGCCAGCGGCGCCUCUACUGCAGCUGGAAAAAUGCUGCACCAGGAACAACAGCGCCACCCUGGCCUGGAGGGUAACUGCGCAUGCUAGUUGCCCCAUUGAGGGCUACAUCCUGGAGCUGGACGAUGGGAAUGGAGGGCAAUACAGGGAGGUGUACGUGGGGAAGGAGACGGUCUGCACGGUGGAUGGCCUGCACUUCAACAGCGCCUACAACGCCAGGGUGAAAGCCUACAACGCCGUUGGAGUCGGACCGUACAGCCAGACGGUGGUUCUCAAGACUUCUGACGUGGCUUGGUUCACCUUUGACCCCUCCUCGGCUCAUCGUGACAUCGUUCUGUCUAAUGAGAACCAGACGGCUACGUGUAGCAGCUACGACGACCGCGUGGUUCUGGGGACGGCUGCGUUCUCAAAGGGAACUCACUAUUGGGAAGUCACCAUUGAUCGCUAUGACAACCACCCGGAUCCUGCGUUUGGCGUGGCGAGGAUCAAUACCAUGAAAGAAAUUAUGCUGGGGAAGGACGACAAGGCCUGGGCCAUGUAUGUGGACAACAACCGGUCCUGGUUCAUGCAUAACAACUCCCACACCAACAGAGCGGAGGGGGGCAUCACGAAGGGCUCCACUGUGGGCAUCCUGCUGGACCUGACCAAACGCACCCUGACCUUCUUCAUAAAUAAGGAGCAGCAUGGACCAACAGCCUUUGAGAACCUGGACGGCGUUUUUGUUCCUGCUGUCAGCCUUAACAGAAACGUUCAGGUGACCUUACUGACCGGCCUGGAGGUGCCAAAGAAUAUCAAACAGUAGGAGCUCAUUCCUCCUUCCUGUGUGCCCUGGAUACAAACCUCUGAUGUCAAAUGCAGACUCACCUCUAUGUUUUCCUGAAACACCAGGUUGGGUUCUUCCCAUCCUCCUCGAGGUGCUGUUUUGUCUCAGACACUACACAUCAUGUCAUAACAAAGGAACAAAUCUGAUUGGUUGUAGAUUAUUAUGGACAUUCUUACACAGAUGAUUGGAGUUAUUGUACAGAAUUCAUGUUUUCGUUUUUGUUCCAUCAGGCACCGAUUUUUAUAACAUGAGGAUCUAGCCUUGAAUAGUAAAGCCAAACAGCUAGAAGACAUUCUCACUGUGCAGAAGAUAUCUUGGAGAUAGUAUCAAAGUUUACAUCAGUAAUCAUAAAAUGGAAACCGCUCAACUUUAACUUCAAACCUUUCCCACACCUCCAGCCUCAACAGCCCUGUGUGAAUGAUUAUAUCUGAUUUUCUUAGCUGGAAGUUGAAAGCCAGUCAAGGUUGAUCAAAAACCUUAAAUAAGUGGUACAAAAAUGGUCAAAAAUAAUUGAUAAUUUAAUGAUUUAAUGAUAUUAAUUUUUAUUUUCUUAGCAUGGCGUGAGCCUAAUACUCUGUCAUAAAUAUGAAACAGAACUGAGUACAUUUUAUAAAAGCCAAAUGAGAUCGGUAGAAGUGUCUCAAAAUAAUUUCAUCUCUUCGUCUCUGAAGAAACUCAGAAACUUUGAAGCAUCUCUAACGUGUCACAGUGAAAUCCCACUCUACAGAAGACGAUUAAGGAAACUGAAAUUUUGACUUUUUUUCACAAUUCAGACUUUGGUCUCAGAAUUCUGACUUUUUUUCUUAAAAUUCAGAUUUUUCCCCUCUGAAAUAUUUAUUUUUAUUUCAGCGGCCCUAAUCCUGCUCUGUAUCGGUUCCGUCAGGUUAAACCAUGUCUGCUGCUGCAUUUUUCAUUAGGGACCAAAUACGGCUACCUGGAGAGGACAGUAGCUUAAACCAGACCACUGUAACCUGAUGGUUGUAGGAUACGUGAAAUUUCCAACGUCUAAGAACACAACACCUCAAUGAAAAGGUAUGUUAUUAAAAGCUGGAGGUGUUUAAUAUUGAGUUUUACUACAUCUACUUCAUUUUUUGCUCUUUUCGCUAAGAACAUGAUUGUGGGGAGUGAGAAUAACCUGACCUGCCAUAUAAAACUGGACUAAUGUGUGGAUGAAAAUCGACAAACUGUAGAUAUUGAUAUGUGACUUGUGCUAUUUAGCAUGGAUUGACAAGCAAGUUUGCAAACUGUCUGAAAUUAUUCUGUAAAUAAUGUUUUAUUGUCUCUGCAGUGAGUGAUGUUGUUAUGAGCUGUAACGGGUCGCCCCCUGCUGGCCAAUAUUGGGAACUGCAGCUCUGGAUGCUCUUCAGACGUCCAGCUGAAACACUUUGCAUUGUAAAAAUAUGUUAAAAUUCCCUCCAUAAUUUAAAAUAUUUGAGCAUUUAAUCAGGGAUAUGUAGAUUAUGCUCUGAUGUUUAUGGUUAUUUAAUGAUGAACUAGUACACUGCUCAUAUCAUAAAUGCCCGUUUAUUUUACACAAACAGCGUGAACAAACUCAAAUGCACAAAGGUGGAGAAACCUGGUAUUUUUACGGCAUUCGAUCAGGUAAUGUUUUUAUUAAAAAUCAUGUAGUAUGUUUUGUAUUUUAUAAACAUAUUUAUCUUUUAAAUGGAAGAAGCCAGUGGAAGAAUGAUAUCUAAAACUUCUAAUUUAUUAAACAUAUGAUGAUAUAUUUAUUUUCUUUUGUUAAAGGUGUUGUCUAAAAUCCCUUUUCAAUAUUUACAUGGGGUAAUUACAAAUUAUUUCUGAAACACGACCCAUUGUUUAGACUUUUAGUGCUUUCAUCUCAAAGCAGCCUCAACUAGUCCUAUCACAAUUUGUCAUUUUGUCUCAUUUUCUAUCAGAAAAAUACCUGAAAUAAAAUAAUUUUAAGUCUAAAUCUGCCAAGGGUCCGACUAAUACAUUAACUGUAGUUAUUUGCAUUAGCAGCUAUAGUGUUUAGCAGUCAAUACAACACUAAUAUGAUCAACUAGCUUAAAAAUUCUUUAAAAACUACUACCGGUACAUAACACAGUGAAAUAUAUUUUUAAAAUAAAUAUAAAAUCUUCAGAUUUUUUUCUCUUAUGCACAGUACAUUUGUCGGUAGGCAGGUUGCUAGCAUUGGCAGUGGUCCAACAUCGAUGAAUGAUAGCUGCCAUUAAAAUAUAAAGACAGCGGUUACUAGCAUUAGCCUGCUAACAUUACUAGCGGGAAAAUGUCCAAAACCGAUAUUAUAUAUUUGUAAAACAAAAUUUCUGCUCAAAUAUUUCACAUUUAUCUCACGCUGUUCCUCUUAAGUCUAUUUUUUAGCCCAUAAUAUUACUGUAGGCAGCAGGGUUUGGCAACAAUAGCCGCUAGGUCGUUAGCACCGAGCAGCUAAUGUAGGCAAUUAGUUACUUGGCAUUAGUUACAUGAGCUAAUAUUGACAAAAACGUUCAACAUUUUAAUUGUUGAACAAUACAUCAACAUAACUCCACUAUGUUUUAUUUUAUUGUUUGUAGCUGGUAUGACGGGGGAAAAAAUCUAGCUGUAACGUUGUGUUAUUCGGUUGCUAUUGGCAACAAACAAAAGGAGUAUUUUUGCAACAUAAAAAGUAAUUGGUGAUUUUUUUUUUCAUUUACAUUUGAAUUGACAUUAAAACGUAUGUAUUUAACUUUAUAAUUUAGCAUUUUUAGCAUGGCAAAGUGGUCAUAAUGUAAGAGACUUUUGACAAGUGUCAAAUAUGUGAGCAUCAGCCGAAAUAGAUUUCAGCCCAGUAGUUGAGCUGGAACAUUACAUCCAUUGCAUUAAAAAAACCCUUUCUUUCUGAGCGCCAGGUUUUGUUUAUGGUGCUCUAACUCCUUACGUUUCAGUGAUUUCAGAUGA